AUGUCGGAAUAUACAAAAACGCCCGAAAAUGUUGAUGGUAUUGCAAGUGUAGAGUAUGAUCAUUACGGGUAUGAAAUAUUUAUUCCAGAAAGUAAUGAAUCGGUAUGGAGUGCAGAUAUUCCUAAAUCAUACAUGUGUGGUGGCAAUGGAAGUUAUACAUUCAGCGAUGCACCUGUAUAUCAGAUGGAAUCUGUUGAUGACCCUCUUGGUAGAUUUAUUGUUGUUAUAAUUGCAAUUUUACUUGUCUGUGUUUGUACAGGCACAUGGCCAUUACUUAUAUCAAUAAAUACUAGAGUCGAGCGGAUUGAAGAGAAGCAAGACGAACUUAUCGAAGAAGUUCAUGAAAUUAAAGAAAAUAUCAGAACAGUCAUUGACUUUGUGAAGCUUAAAUGGAUUUGGGGUAGAAAGCAAGAAGAGCCUCAAGAAGAAACUAAAGUAGAAGUAGUAAAGAAGAAAGUUAUUACAUGCAUGGACGUAAUUAAAUACACUUGGUUACUUAUUGCAGCGAUCUGCAUGCUAUUAGUAGCACAACUCGCUGCUCAAGUUAUAUGUGUUCAAUUAAAUUGGAAGAGUACCACACGCCUUGUAAAAGUCAACAAAUGUUAUUUCAUCAACACUUCAGGUUUAAUUCUUGAAGAAACAAACCAAGAAGUCGAAGGCAAUAUUACUGUUCCUGACAAUACAUCGAAUACAGUUCGCAAAUUACUGGCAAAUCAGCAGGCAACAGUUAAAUUACAGAAUAUUACAGCGAAGGCAUCAAUACAAGUUGGGAAAGAGAAGAUUUCAUUCACUUCUCAAUGCGAAGGUGCUAUGUUUAAAGCAGCAAGUGGAGAAAUUUGGAAAUUAUAUCCAAGUAACGCAUACAACUGUACAGAUGUACCUGCUGUAUACCUAAAGAAGCUAUAUACAUACUCGCAGUCAAGAUGCUCAUUUGGUGCAUGGAGUGAUAAUGAAUUUGGUCCACCAACUGCCUCCGAAGACGAAGAAGUUAUUGAAUAUUAUAACAGUGCGAACGAGAUUCCUAAGAACGGAUUUUCUUUUGCAACAAAUCCUUUGUCAUUUAGUGGUGUUGUACAAGCACUCGAGAAAAUUGGUGCUGUUAAUGGAGAAUGGACUGAAUGCACAGGAUGUUGUGGAAUGGGCAAUUUAGGAACAAGAUACAGAAGAGCACGAGCAUAUGCAUUAAUUCAAAGAGAAGUUUGGUAG